CGCGCCACAGGCUGCCCAAGCUUAUUUUAUAUAUUGUGCGGUCAGACCGCUGCCUCUGCACAAUAGGACACGUUUUUUGAAGUCCUCGUCCACGCCUGCGCCGCCCGCGGCAGCACAAUUGCAGCCAGCAUGGCAUCCCUAGCCGCCUCGUACAGCAAGUGGGACCGCUGGAAUGAUGAAAGCGACGACGACACGGUCGAGGUCCGGGACGGCGCCGCCCGGGCGCAGGCCCGGCUCGCCCGGGCGCGCGGCCUCGUCGCCGGGACCACGGAGCCGGAGGCGCGCCCGGCCCCCGCGAAGGACCCGGCGCCCCCGGCGCCGGCGCCCCGCCCGGCACAUCGAGCCGAACGCUGGGCCGAGGCCGCGCGGCUCAAGACGCGCGGCGCGGCAGCAUUAACUCCCUUCGUCAUUGAUAAUGUACAGUACCUGUGCGUGGCGAACUUCUUCGAAACGUUAAAAACGGCGGCGGGCCCGACGAAGGGCGAGGCCGCGCCGUCGACGGAGACGACGUCGAGCAUCUGGCGAAUUGAGGACGAUGACGGAUUACUUGUGGAGGAGGUGCAGACCUUCCGGUCGUUCGGCGCGCACGGCGUCGCCCACAUCACCUCAGAAGGAAGCCACUACCUCGCGGUGUCCAUGUACUACGCGGAUUUUGUCGCGAUCCUCAAGUGGGACGGCAGCCGCUUCGAGGAGCACCAGCGGCUGCCUUGUGAAGGUGGUGGUGGGAUUUGUGCGUUCGUAGUAGAUGGUCAGCAAAGGCUAGCCGUGGCGGAGUUCGGCAAGAAGGGCGUGAGUUUGUUUGGACUUGAACAGGAUAAGUUCCACCACUUACAGUACUUACAAGCGGAUGGCUGCUGCCACGUUUCUACAACUUGCCUCAACAAGCGCACUUAUUUAAUAGCGGCAGCCAAUUGGUCCUCGACCACGAAGUGGCGCACGGCGUCGACGGUCUUCUCGCUGACGCGCGACGUCUUCGCGCCCUCCUUUGAUCUGUCCAGUGGUGAGGGCUCGUCUACGCUUACGUAUCAGGGCCGCCACUUCUGCUUCGUCGCCAAACAUAAAAAUCCCGACGGCUCGUGUUGCCGGAGGUCGCCCCUGUAUGAAUGGAGACGGGGCAAGUACCAGUUGGUACAGGAACUGGACCACGACGACGGCGCCCACGGCGCGUGUUUGUUCGAAGCGACCAACAGUAAGCUAUACUUGGCGAUCGCGUGCUGCGGCGACCGCGAGAAGAAGUCCUACUCUCGUAAUUCGCCCGUCUACGAGAUUUCACUUGAUCCAGAGAUCGUGGUGCGCCGGAAGAAGUCCCUGCCGACGACGGGCGCCGUCGCUUUUGUAGCUUUUGAUCUGGGGGGGCGGACCUACCUCGCGGUCGCGAACGAGCAGGACGAGCAACGGGGGGGCAACGUCGAGUCGGUCGUCUGGGCGGUGACGUGACGAUGCCGCCGCGGCGACGCCGCCGACGCGAUACCU